AUGGCCAAUACUACAAAUAUUGAUGGAGACGCGAUUUUGUUUACCGAAGAACAAGAAUCGUUGGUCGUAAAAUCGUGGAACUUGAUGAAGAAGGAUUCUGGUGAAUGGGCGCUCAAGCUUUUUCUCAAGAUAUUUGAGAUAGCUCCAUCGGCCCAAAAUUUGUUCUCAUUUUUGAAAGAUUCCAAAAUUCCACUUAUGCAAAAUCCUAAGCUCAAGACACAUGCCAAGUAUGUGUUUGUCAUGACAUGUGAAGUUGCAAUCCAACUCCGAAAAGAAGGGAAAGUUGUGAUCAGGGAUUCGAGCCUCAAGAGGCUGGGUGUCGUACAUGCCAAAACUCGCGUUAUGGAUGAACACUUUGAGGUGGCAAAAUAUGCAUUACUGGAGACAAUAAAAGAAGCAGUUGGAGAAAUGUGGUCACCAGAAAUGAAGGAUGCGUGGACUGUGGCCUAUAAUCAUUUGGUUGCUGCUAUCAAGACUGAAAUGAAGCCUUAA